CAAUCACACACGGCGACAUUGAAUGCAUUAAAGAAAAAACAGUAAAGCCCCCACGAUCUUUCUUGUAUAAUUUGCCGAUCCUUUUAUUCAUUUGAGCAGGGCCUCUCAACAGGGUUUUUAGCAGUGGGGACAUCAUUCUUCUUCGGCAUCCCUUCCAUUCUAUUCUAUGCCGUCAGGCUCUUUACUUGGAGGAUCUGAACAGCCUUGGCAACUUGCCGGAGUAAAUGGUUACUUCAGCCAUGUUAACUGGAGAAAGAAGGGGGGUCUCUGCCCGCAGGAGUGGCAUGACUGUUUUGGGGAAAGUCCCAAAACCACUAAAUCUACCAAGUCAGAGGUUGGAAAAUCGUGGACUAGACCCAAAUGUGGAGAUUGUUCCAAAAGGUACUGUUAGCUGGGGCACUGGCCACUCACCUCCUACUACUGUUAAUGCUUGGGGAGCUGCUUCAUUUUCUUCAUCACCUCCUGCUAAUGCUGGAGUGGGGGGCAACCGUUCAAAUGUUAGUACAGCUCGUCCUUCAUCUGGAGGAAGUGGUACUCGUCCAUCGACUGCGGGAAGUGACCAUUCUCAUGAACCUGCUACUCCAAAUGCAUGGAGCUAUGGAUUGAGCCGUCCCUCAUCUGCAUCAGGGGCACUGGGCAUGGGUCAUUCACAAUCAACGCUAACUCGUCCUUGCAGUGCGGAAUCAAGACCAGGGAGUUCACACCUCUCCCGUUUUGCAGAUUCAUCAAUUGAAUCAAAUGUUCCAUGGGGAGGAUCUGGAACUUCACAGAAGCUGGGAGAAAAUCAUCCUCAGCCUGCUCGAUUUACUCUGACAUCUGUUGACUUUCCGACUCUUGGGUCUGACAAGAACCCAGAUUUGCGUCCACAGCAUGGCAAUGCUUCCACCACACGACCAAUGUCGACUUCUGAAGGUUUGGCACAAAAGGAGAAAUUAAAGCCUUCUCUAGCUGAUUGGAAUGAUGAAGCAUCUACAGGUAAGGAUAGAAGACCUAGGGAUAUGCUAGCUCCAGAUGAGGGACAUGCACCCAAGGAAGGAUUUCAUAGGAAAACAUUUGUACACACAGUGGAUUCCUGGCAUUAUGAUGAUGGGAUUAAUAACUGCACAGCUUCAAAAUUAACAGAAGAAGAAUGGCAUAGGGCUGGACCUCCAGUUGCUCCCUAUGGUCCUCCUGGUGGACAAGUCAGGUUUCCAUUCACAGCACCUGGUUAUAUACGUCCAGCAUUUGAAUAUGGACCCGUACCAUAUGCUCAAAGGCCACAUGGACCUGGUGGGUAUGGAAGACAGGGUGAAAUGUAUGGUCCAUAUAUGGCACAACCUAUGGUGGCAGGUCGUCCUGGUGUUCCUCUUGGCAAUAGUUUGUAUCCUAAUCAACUACCUUUUGAUGGUUACUAUGGACCUCCGGGAAUCCCUAGUUCCCACUAUGGUAACAUUGAUGAAAGAGAGAUGGCAAUGACAAGGAUGGGGGCUGGGCCUGGUAUGUAUGGUGGAUAUCCUCAUUAUCAGGGUCAUCCUGUUGAUGGGCCUCGGUUUCAAUAUAAUGGACCUGGAUCUGGUGUGCGCCCAGCAACUUUGCUUCCUUUAUCAAGAGAACAAAAUGAUUUGACAUCUCAUGGUAGGGUUGCUUCUGAAGGGACAGAUAAGACUUACUCAAAGCAGGUUGAUGUGUGGAUGUCUAAAGAUGCGGAUAAUUCUAGUGACAAUAGUCGCCCAUUUCAUCCCCAGGAUUCAAAUACAAGGAGAAACUCCUCUCUUUCUGCUGGAAAUCCUCAAAGUGAGAAAGACAAUUCACGAACAGCUCUUAGUGGCCAUCGUAAUUGGGGUACUGUUAGUAGUGACGAGAAAAUGGAUUUUUCCAAACCUGUUUUUGAUGAAGAGGCUUUAUCAAGUCGAGAAUUUGAAGAUAGCAGGAUUUCAGUCUUGGAAAGCAACCAUGAGAAAGGGGCCAAUGUUACAAGGGUAGCUGAGCAGACAAACUUGAGUGAUAAAAAACACGUUCAAGUUAAAACUAAAGAUGGCAUGGAUUCUUACAAGUCCUCCGUGCUUGAAGAUUUGAAUAAGGAAAGGAAGCGUGAUUGUGCUGAAAUUGACCCAAACAGGGCUGCACAUUCGGUGGAUCAUUUUCAGACUGGAUUGGAACAUCACUUGAAAGUUGGUGGCUUACCCCAAGAUGAAAAGAAAUUUGUAGCGACGGUUGAGAAAUUUCAGCUAGAGGAUGUAAAGUUUGGAGAGGAGGCAUCUAAACAAAAAGUAGAAUCUUAUUCCACAAGCAGGAACCAUGCUCUUUGCCAAGAGGCACAGACAUUGGUAACACCAUUGAAAGGAUCUGAUGAACAUAUUUCCACAGAUGGCCCUGAUAGAAUUUCUGUAGUUGCAAUGCCUAUACCAGAAAGAAAUUUAGCAUCAAAUGCAAUGCCUAUACCAGAAAGAAAUUUAGCAUCAAAUACAUCUGUUAAAUUAAAAGGUGGUUUAUCCAGUGCAUCAGGGUCCAAUAAUUUAUCUCUUGAAACUCCCAAGAUCAGUGAUAAAGUUCAGUUACUUAAGCGCAGUGAUAAUCACCGAACAGAAAAUACACUGGAUUCUGAAGGAGCAGUCCUGCAAGCGCACGGUACUCAAGGACCCAAAGGAAUUCAAGAAACCUUACAAAAAGAAUGUAAUACAACCAAAGGCAGGUUUAAUGCCCAUGAAGGAGACAGUGAAUGGAAAAGGAAACUGCCUGUGGUGGAGUCAGCAUUAAAAGCAGCGAAACCCAACAGUGCUCAUGGUAAUAGACAUAUAGUUACUUAUUCCACAGCAGAUGAUGCUCUAACUGGCUCUGAAGAUUUUGGAGAUAAACCAGCUGGAGAAUCUCAUAUUCAGCAGUGUCCUGCUUCCCAUGAUUAUGAGGCACAGCGUGCAAAGUUGAAGGAAGCUGCUGCACAACGUGCAAAGGAGCUGCUAAGAGAAGAAGAGGAGAGGAUAAAAGAACAGAAGGCUAAGGCCCUUCUAAAGUUAGAAGAGCUUAAUAGGCGGGCUUUGGGGGUUGCAACACCUCAGGAUGUGGGAAAUUCUAGAAGUGAAAACAUGACAUCUGCAACAUUCAGUGGAUCGGAAGUAGUAUCUGAAGAUACACAGAAACAUCAAGCAGGCAGUUACAGCAAUAAUGGGGAGCAGAAUGACAAUCUGAGAGAAGCAGACAAUGUUCUUAAUAAUAAUGCUGUGUGUGAACUUCCUCCAGUUCAAGUUUCAGAGCCAUCUGAAACUCCAGGAAGCCUUGAAAAGAGUGCUAGUGAUGCCCUUGUCAAGAGUGGGAAAAAUGAUAGGUCCAAACGAGAAAAUUAUCGCAGGUCUAGCAAUGUCAGCAGGGAAGAUCCAAAAUACCAAUUGAAAACAGAUGACCAGAAGAGCCAUUUGAAACAAAGGGAAAAUAAUCCUAAUACUAGUUCUCUGCAAAAUGCUGCCAUGCUUCCUGUACUGGUUGUGCCAGUGUCCGCUUCUAUUUUAACUUCACCAAGCACAUCUGAAGCUUUGCAAAAGGACAUUCAAGUAACAUGUUCAGAUUCUUCUUCAGUUGCUGGCCAAGUCAGUCAGCCUGAAUUUCCAAAACAAGCUUGGUCCCGUCAGAAGGCAAAACAAUAUGUUUUUGAGCAAAAAUCUUCUGGUUCUCAAUCAUCUAUUUUGGAUAAAACAGAGCAGAUCAUUUCACCAGAUAGUGGAAAUUCUGUCAAUCUAGCUGGUGAGAGUAACAUGUUGCAAGCACCAGGCAGUUGUAUAGUUGAGAAGAGUUCUGACACUAUUGCCAGUGGAGGUGAUGGUUCGAUAUCCCGCAAGAAGAAAUAUAGCAAAAAUGCAAAAAACAAGAAUAAGAUUGAUAAGUCAAUUGUAACUGUGAGUUCAACAGGGUCAUCAAACGAUGAUCACAUUGUGGCACUGCAACCAAAUAGCAUUUCUGGGGAUUCAAAACAUGAAGGAGGGUUAGUAAUUAGUAAUACAAUCAAAGCAGUGGAGAAAGGUGUUGAGAUACAGAAUAUAAAAUCUGAACUAGGUUCUGUACAAAAUGGUGGAAAUGAUACGAGUGUGACUCAUGAUACUGUGGAUGCUACUGUGGUAGAUCAUCGAAUAUUGCAAUCAACAGAUGAUACUUCUACUGGAAGAGUUACUCAAGUGAAGUCUCACUUUCCAAAGCGGUCAUAUAGAGUAUCACAAGAAGCAAGAGUGUCUGAUAAAUCUCAGGUAAGUGAAGGUAGAGUGUGGGCUCCAGUGCGUGCAGCAAAUCAUCAAGUUACUACAAAUGACAAGCAGAAAUUGGAUCAAAUUGAGGUACAACCUUCUGGAGUUGACAGUAGUGAAGUGGUAGUACAAAACCCGAUUAGAAAUAAGAGAGCUGAAAUAGAGCGUUAUGUUCCAAAACCUGUUGCAAAGGAGCAAGCACAACAUAAUGAAAAUUGCCAACAUUUUGUAGCUGGGUCAUCUUUUUCUGCUCGAGAUCAAAUGGAUCAGAAAAACAAGCACGGUGCGGUGAAAAAUGUAGUUACUAGUGAAACACAACAGCAACAUUCGUCCUUUGGUGAAAAUAAAGGGCAUAUAUCUGGAAAGCAGGGAAAGCAAAAUGGCUCAUGGCGUCAGAGAAAUUCAAAUGAAAUCCGAGAAAAUACUAAGGUGUCUCAUACUCACCAGAGCAUUGAAGGUGAAAGUGCUUUGCCCUUGCAAACAAAUGAAGUGACUGUCUCCAGAACAAGGCACACUCAUAUAGAAACAAAGGGUUUCAAGUCAGAAGGGAUUGAAAUUCAUCCUCAACCACACCAGCCAGACUUGCAAAAACCAAGACAUGUUGAAGAGUUGCCAAAUUCUGUUGCUGUUCAAUCAAACAAGCAACAAAUCCUUCAAUGUGAAGCAGAGCAGAGUACACAACUUGCAUCAGAGCCUCAUUUGCAGACAAGCAAUUCUGCAAAGGAUCAGGAACCUCAGCUGGCUUAUAAGAGAGAUCAGAACAUGCAUGACCAACGUUUCUAUCAGGCAAACAGGUCCCGUCCAAAGUCACAAAAGUUUUCUGGUCGCCAAGUUUAUAUGGAAGGAAACCAUCAGUUCACUAGAGUUACUGGAGUAAGUGAGGAAAGUGAGGAAAAUCACCGUGUUGAACAGAGUUUUGUUCAUCAGCGACCUAGGUCAUCUGCAUGGACUCCAAAGCCACAAGGGUCAGCAGAUCAUAAAGAGCACCAUUUGCAUCAAAAACUUAUCUCUGGCCAACCUGAUACCCACCAACUAAAGAUGGAUUCGAAUGAGGAGCAACAUGACUCGGAAACUAGAGUGCCUGAACAUCUAAAAACUAUCUGUGAUCAGCAGGAAGGACCACUAUCAUCAACAAAGAAGCAUCAGUUGCAGGAGCAUUCUUUUGGGCAGCAGGUACCUGCUUCACCAAAUCAAUUUGAAGGGAAAAAUCAGAAUCUGAACUCUGAUGUUGAUAGAACACAUACUGGCCGUUUAUCCCAGCAGCAAUUGAAGUUGACACAUCCAGAUAGACAAACAACUGACAAAGAACAGCCUAAACAAAUUGCAAAUUCUAUGUCAUAUCAGCAGCGUCGACAGGCCAAUCAUGGCCAUUGGCAACAAACUGGGGCUGGCACAAGAUCUGGUACACGAGUAACUGAUGGAUAUGAAGAACAUCCCCAAACUGCUAAUGUGCAGAGCCGCAAACAGCAUGAUACCUCUAUACCAAGGAAUUCAGAGUCAUCUUUGGGAGCUGGCCAACAUCAUAGACAAGAUACAAGCAAACAGCAACCAUUAAUAAACAGCAAUCUGACCAAACAAAAUUUACAAGUACAUUCUCAGCCAAUCUCAAGUCAAAAACCUCUAGAAUUCUAUCAACCAAAGGCAGGUUUGGCAUCUAGAAAUGGUGAUAACCAUGAAAUAAACCCUAGCAUUACCCCACAUGGUGGUUCAUCCUGGUCAGGUGAGCACAGAGGUAGUCACGGUUAUCGUGGUAGAGACCACAGCCAUGCUAGGCGUGGUCGCUCCAGUGGACGUGGUGGUGGGAGCUUUGGUCUAAGAGGAAAUUAAUCAGGGAGUGGAAGUAAGAUCGAACAUCCAUCUAAGCAGCGUCAGCUUGUUGAUGCCACUGGAGGUGUUAUUUCACAUCAAGUAGUUGGUUAAGUUGGUGCUUCAGUACUUAUUCUUGCAAGCUUCUGGUUUUAUUUCUAUGCUAUAUUUUCCUGCUAAUCUGUGCUUUAUCUGUUAGGUCUUAAUAUUGUCUUAUGAACACACUUCUAGUGAUAUUUGUGAGAUGUAUGUACUAGCUGGCAUUUCUGGCUCAGAUUAGGAUUUCCUCAGGGCUAUGUUUAUUUGGAGGUUGAAUCAGUGGAUCUUGUGUGCUGUACAGCUUUUUUUAAGCCUUGCUUGUCAGGCCAAAUGAAUAUUGGCUUCUUUCAGUGAAGUUAUCACAGUAAAAAGGAGGCGGCUUUUUAAAGUAAAACUUUUGAUAUCAGUAAAUCUGACAUUGGGCAUAAAAUAUGUCAGAACAUGCUUCAGAAUUUGAGUUGUAUCCUUCGUUUUCUUUGAAGGUGUGUACCCCAGAAUGAUGUAUAUGUGAACAUUAACAUCAGAGGAAGAAUAGUGUAAAGUUUUUUUUUAUUCUUCUGUGGUGACAAAAUCUUGCACAUCGAGGUAUUGCCUACUUCCAACUCUUGCUUGGAUGUAGUGAUUCUGAGGCUUUUGCCUGGAUUGAAAAGUAUUGGUAGUGCACCCUGGGGCAUGGACACCUGAACUAUAAAAAAUCUAACAUGCAAGAAGUUAUUUGUUUGACUCGUGAACCAGAAAGGUUCAUUAUUUGUUACAAAGUCGUAUGACAAUGAAUAUUUUUUUCCCAUU